AUGAUGCUCGCCAAAACCUUCUUGGUUGCCGCUCUCGGUGCCUCUGUGGCCAACGCCCACAUGAUCAUGACCCAGCCCGUCCCUUACGGCAAGGAUAGCCUCACCAACUCCCCGCUUGAUGCUCAGGGUGGUGACUUCCCCUGCAAGCUUCGUGACGGUACCUACACUGUGUCCACAGAGAACAUGAUGACCAUUGGUGAAGUCCAACAACUGCGGUUCCAGGGAGGCGCCACUCACGGCGGUGGUUCGUGCCAGAUCAGCUUGACUGAAGAUCGGGCCCCGACCAAAUCGUCUACUUGGAAGGUCAUCAAGUCCAUUGAGGGAGGCUGCCCUGCGAACGUUGACGGCAAUCUGGGAUCUGAUGCUAGUGCCGCAGAUCCCUAUCACUUCAACUUCACCAUUCCCGACGGAAUUGCUACCGGCAAAUACACUCUCGCCUGGACCUGGUUCAACCGCAUCGGAAACCGCGAGAUGUACAUGAACUGUGCUCCGGUUACGGUCACAAGUGGCUCAUCCAAGCGUUCCGUGGAGGCCCCUGUUAUCGAGCAACGCUCCUCCAGCUUCCCUCCUAUGUUCGUUGCGAACAUCAACGGCUGCACGACCAAGGAAGGCAUCGACAUUCGUUUCCCUCAGCCUGGCAGUGUUGUCGAAUAUGAUGGUAACCCUAUCAACCUGGCUCCCGCCGGUGAGGCCGCUUGUUCCGGCACUCCUACUUUCGGCGGCGCAGGUGACACUGGCUCUGGCACUUCAAGCUCGGGCUCGGGCUCUUCUGGCUCUGGCUCUGGCUCCAGUGCCUCAUCCACUGUGGCGGGAGGCUCUCCUAUCGAGACUUCAACUCAAGCCGGCGCCCCCGCUCCAUCCUCCACGAGUGCCCCAGCUGAGACUAGUGCCCCAGCCGAGACCAGUGUUCCUAGUGCCCCUCAGCCUGUUGUUUCUUCCACUGCACCGGCCUCUCCCUCUGGCUCUUCGAGCUCCGGCACUCUAACUGGAUCCUGCAGCCCGGAGGGUUCUUGGAACUGCAUCGCUGGUACCUCCUUCCAGCGCUGUGCCAAUGGGCAGUGGACUGUCUCUCAGCAGAUGGCCGCUGGCACUCAGUGCACCGCCGGCAUGAGCUCUGACCUCUCUGUUUCUGCCAUCAAGGCUGCUCGCGAGAUCUCCGCAAUGCGCUUCCGCAAGCGUACCAUCGGCGACUCGCACCAUGUCUAA